UUUGUGCUGUCUAGAGACUGCCUGUCUGUAGUCAGCGCGACACUUUAUUUCUGAGGGAUACAGAUUUGUAGUCAGAAUAUCCCGCAAGUUCUUCUAUGUUUUCCGAUUGUACAGAGCGGGGCCAGCAUCACGGACAACGUGCCAGCGCCUAUAUAUGAUAUCCGAAGAAAGCUCCUCGUUCUCUAGGAUCUUGAGGAACAAGCCUUCAGCACAAAGAUGGGUGUGAUAGGCGUGCAGCUGGUUGUCACCAUGGUGAUGGCCAGCAUCCUGCAGAAGAUCAUACCACACUACUCUUUGGCUCGCUGGCUCCUUUGCAAUGGCAGCUUAUAUUGGUACCAGCAUCCUACAGAAGACGAGUUACGAGCACUCGCUGGAAAGCAACAACUAAGAGGAAAGAGCAAAAAAGAUAGAAAAUAUAAUGGCCAUAUCGAUAAUAAACCUCUUACCAUUCCCAAAGAUAUUGACCUUCAUUUAGAAACAAAGACUGUUACAGAAGUAGACACUUUAGCACUCCAUUAUUUCCCCGAAUACCAGUGGCUGGUAGACUUCACCGUUGCUGCUACUGUUGUGUAUCUGAUAACUGAGGCUUAUUACAGCUUAGUGGAUCCAUCCCAGGAGAUGAAUAUCGGCAUAGUGUGGUGCAUGCUCGUUCUGGCAUUUGCAAUCAAAGUGCUGUUCUCGCUGACAGCCCAUUACUUUAAAGUUGAAGAUGGCGGGGAGAGAUCUGUCUGUGUUACUUUUGGAUUCUUUUUCUUUGUCAAAGCCAUGGCAAUCCUUAUCGUGACAGAAAACUACUUGGAGUUCGGAUUAGAGACUGGCUUUACAAAUUUUUCGGAAAGUGCUGUCAAAUUUCUUCAAAAACAAGGCUUGGAGUCUCAAGGUCCGGUGUCCAAGCUUACUUUUAAAUUCUUCCUGGCGGUUCUGUGUUCUCUCAUUGGAGCCUUUCUGACAUUCCCAGGCCUGCGUUUGGCUCAGAUGCAUCUUGAUGCCCUCAAUCAAACAAGAGAAACAGUGACACAGCUUUUUCUUCAUAUUAAUUUUUUAUCACCUCUCUUGAUGGUGCUGCUGUGGGUGAAGCCCAUAACCAAGGAUUACAUUCUGAAUCCACCACUAGGCAAGGAAGCUGUACCUCUAAUGACCGAGGAUGCCUUCGAUACCCUUCGACUUUGGAUCAUCAUUUUCCUGUGUGGCUUAAGGUUAAUUAUGAUGAGAUACCAUCUACAGGCCUACUUAAAUUUGGCUCAGAAAUGUGUGGAUCAAAUGAAGAAAGAAGCUGGGAGGAUAAGUACUAUGGAACUGCAGAAAAUGGUGGCUCGGGUAUUUUAUUACCUUUGUGUUAUUGCACUUCAGUAUGUGGCACCUAUGGUGAUGCUCCUGCACACAACCCUGCUUCUGAAGACCUUAGGUAAUCAUUCUUGGGGCAUCUAUGACUCAAGUUCUCCGCUAGAAGCAGCGCAAGGAUCUAGCCCAGCUUUCUCCGAAGUGCCAUGUCCGGAAGAAAAAAUGAAGGCGACAGUAACACAAAUUACAAUGGCACUUGGGGGGUUAAGGAACAUUUUCACCCCUCUUCUCCUCCGGGGACUCUUAUCCUUUCUUACCUGGUGGAUUGCAGCUUGCCUUUUCUCGACAAGCCUCUUUGGUUUGUUUUAUCAUCAGUAUUUAAUAGUGGCGUGAUCAACUCCAUAGCGUUUGUACUAAAAGGACCAAGUAUAAGACAGGAAGCUGCACAUGCAAGAGCACAUAGAUAUCAGCAGCCUCAUGUCUUGUAUCAAUGUUUCCUCUGUAUUCUCAGGGUAAAUAUUGUAUCAGAUCACUGUUGUGAGCUUAAUCUUCAUUACCUCAGAGGACGAAGAAGACUUAACUGCUGAUUCACGUACCUAGGAUUAGUUUUGUUAAUAAUUUUUAAUUUUUUUUGCUUUUUAUUACUGUAAUUGGACUGAUGUAAGAUAACCUCAUUAUCUUUGUUUAGCUGGUAUUACACUCGCAUAAUCCUUAGUGUCGUCUCCGCCGCUACCCCCCAAACCCGGAUGUGUCAUCUCAACGGUGCAUAUGAGAAUAUUUUCACUGCAUCUUUUAUGUAGAGAUCUGAGCCAUACAAAGAAAGUUGAGGCUUGAAGAUGACAAAUUUUAUUUCUGCUGGAUCUGUCCGUUUUUAGUGACGCAGGUUCCAGCAGGACGGAAUGUAUUGCUACUGUAUAUUACAGUAAAUGUAUGUGAAUGACUGUGUGGUAUCUGGUGACUUUUCUAUGGGCAGGUAACGAAAUAUAAUCCUGUUGUGUACAAUAGAUUUUUAUUCGUUGAUCACUUAAAACACUUAACAAGUGUUGGUGCUAGUGCUGACAGAUGUAGGACUGUGUGCGUGUAUAUGGCUAGGAGGUUCGGUUAUAUUUGCAAAUUGUAUGCGUCAUUUUUACUAAAGCUUAAUCGAAACAUCACUCCAAAAUCACAUAUAAAAGAGAGAUUGUAGCAUUAGAUGUAUAUUAUAUGAAAUGGAUGCAGAAAAGGUGUAUAAAAUUUGUCUUCUCUAUUUAUUUUUUGGAUCGGGUUUAAUGCUAAAUGUGGUUUGCACCCUGCUAUAAACAUAGAAAUAUAUAUUUCAGAUCAAACAUAUUUAUAUGCAAUGGUUUAAAAGAAAGUCUUUAUGUAAUUUAUAAAUUCUAGCUCGAAUUCUUUUCUCAAAGUUCCAAUCGCUCUUUGGUCUUACUUUCUGCCCAGCUAUCUGUUGGACCAGGGCACUCCUUAAAUGGGUUAUCCCAUGAUUAAUGUAAAACAUGAUAAUAUAUUACAUGACAACCUAUUUCUAACAAAGCUAGAACCAGCCCUGUACCUCACAUGGA